UAAGCAUGGUCACUUUAUCAUCAAGACGUCGAAGCAUGCAAACGUUGCUAGCUCUUCUCGCCGUGGCGCUCGCGUGCGCGCUUGCCCGCCCACCAGCUGUCGCGGAGGCCCCUCCGGAAAAUCCAGCAGGGCCUCCACAGCAGGGGGUCCCGAAGCCGUAUCCGCGUGGUCUCCUGACCGAAUACGCCGUUCCAAAAAUCGUGAUACCCCGCUACAUCGGCAACGAAGAGAAGAUUCGCAAUGAAUUACCUCCGGGUAGUGACCUCAUUGACCAGGAAUUACGUUUAAUUAAGAAAAUAAGAGAAUUAGAACGCAGUUCUUAUCCUAAUUACGAGCGUUGGGCACAGAAAGAGGUGGAAACGCCUACAGGCCAACUGGACAAUGCUCCAUAUCGAAUGAGAAUUGAACUGAAGACUUACCCAGACCAAAAUGAUGUGAAUUUGUUAGAGACACCUUUUAGAGAUUUCUUGGGUCAAUUGACGAAUAAGAACGAAGCGAAUGCGAAUAACGAAUACUUUAUGAAUUAUCCAUCUAACGAUGCUAAUGAAGGUAACCAACCCAAUGAAGGUAUUCAAGACAAUGAAGGUAAUCUAGCAAAUGAGGGUAAUGACGCCAAUCAAAAAACUGAUGCCGAUAACGACAGUGAUAAGAAAUAUCGGUUUGCGAUCACGCCUCUCGAAUUAGCUUUUUUCCAAAAUGAUAAUGUUCAGGAGAAUGCGACUCCUAAGGAAGAAGAGGAAGUUGAAUCUAUUACUGUAGAUGCAGUGAUAGAACAACGAAAAACGCGACAAAACCCUAACCUCAGCAAAACCAAGACUCUUAUCUCCGAGCACGUGGACAGACUUCGCACCGGCUUGUCUAAUAAGGACUACCGUAUACCUGUCUCGUUACUGCCAACUAAUCUACGCUGGUUGAAAAUAAACCGUCCUAACGAACUUGAGGAGAGCACUCGCGAAGACGUCGAAGGUACACCUAAGCCGCAUAACAUUCAUAUACUGGAGACUCCUUCGGAGGACGCCUCGGAUUCCAUAUACAGUGUUGCUCUGAUAGCGGCUGUUGGCGCUGCGCUCACUGUAACCAUCAUCGGGUUGGCCUUCGGAUGGUACACUUUAUCAAAGAAGGCAAAAGCGGCCGCGGAGGUCGACUAUCCUGCUUACGGAGUAACAGGGCCGAGCGUGGAUAGCUCUGGUGAUAAGAAGCUGGCCCAAUCGGCCCACAUCUAUCACUACCAGCAUCAGAAGCAGCAAAUUAUUGCUAUGGAGAGGAACGGCAUGGAUCGCAAUGGCUCAAUAUCAGACCCGGAAUCCGAAGAUGAAAAUGAGGAAGGCGACUACACUGUUUACGAAUGCCCCGGAUUUGCUACCACUGGUGAUAUGGAAGUAAAGAAUCCACUCUUCAAAGAAGAGGGAACACCCGCCACACCUGCAAAGGUCAAUGGCGAAAAAUCUGAGCCUAAAGAAUAAUUGUUACCCCUUCGCCGAAAUGGCGUGCCCCGACGUUCGAGAGUAAACCUUCUAUCACCGCUAUUUCUGUUAAGGCAUUUUGGCACCCCUAACUUCAUUAUACACCUCAUGACACGGAACAAUCUUCUUUAAAGGAUCAUCUAAUAACACAAUGCUUCAGGAAAUUUAUUUUACAUUGCGUAUAGGAUUUUGUUGGAUAUAAACGGGGCAAAAACACAGCAUGUGAUCGGCGAAGCAGUUCAACGAGUACCAUUGCGUCAACGUAGUGUGUUUAAAGGACACUAAUAAUAGUGAAACAUUAAAAUAGAUUUAAUCUACGACUCUGGCCUGAUCAAAACUGUAGAUUUAAAUACCUCUUUUAGGAAAUUCGAUUGUAGAUUUAUUGUUAAUAUUUCUUUGACAGCUAUAAUGGAGUUCUGAGUGAAUGCGUAAUAAUGGCCUAUUGUAGUGAUUGAUCUAUUUUUACUUACAGAUUAACUGGUCGUACGAGUAAGAUUGCACAGUAAAGGAAUUUAAGGGAGGAAAUUUGAAGUCAUAUGACCCAUGAUUAACCAUGAUUAUUGAAAAUGUUCGUAGCUCUUCUAUAAAAAGUGUUAAAAAUAAAUAAAUUUUCAUGAUAAUAAUAAUAACGCCGCUUAUGUGAGUAAGUUCUUGUUUGGGCUCUCGAAAGCCGUGCAAGCGGAGAAGCUAAUUUUUUUCUAAUUAUUUGUAAGUAAAUAUUUUUAUACAUUUUGUUUGAAAUGUUGCAAAAUUAUUAGUCCUAGAGACCAGAAACAUAAUAAUUAUAAAUGACCAUUCUACUCAAACUUCUUAUAUACUUCGUCUAUGUGAUACUAUUGGCGAGUCUAACUAAAAUUAAAAGCGCCUCACCACCUCGGUUAGCUAUGUUUGAUCGACUCGCCAUGAUUGUCACAUACAUGAAGUUUGAGCAGUCAUUAAUAAAUAUUUUGUCCAUGGCUAAGAAGUGUAAUAUGAAUCAUAUCGUAAAAACAUUACGUCAGUUUAAUUGUACAUGGUUCAGCAGGUGUCACUUGAUUACAAAUGACCUUUCUUUCCUUUAUUCUCAUAAAAUAUCGCCAACCCUUUACCAGUACUGGAACUCUGUUCAUAUAUGAUAUGAAAAUAUCUCGCGUAUAACAAUAAGAAAUUUCUCUAAACCAUGAUUGCUUGAAACUUACUACUUGAAUUGCAUAGCUAAGUGCGACCUUCCACGUUGUGUUUGCGCCAUUGCCACUGAUGUAAAUUCUGUAAAUCUUACUUUAUAUACUUUAUAGAUUAGCAUGCGGUGCAAUAUAUUAUAACGAAUUAUUAAAAGAUCAACUUUAAUUUAAUUGGGCGGCCUAUAAUGAUAUUAUUCUAACGAUCACGUAACUUACGAAUUUGGUGACAAAUUAUACUUAAUAAAAUUCUAUGUGCCAUGUUUAAAUUGGAAAUUACAGGAAUACAUAGUUUAUUAUACUGUUUGUAGUGGUACUCUUAUAUUAAAUUUGAAUUGUGAACGUCAAUUGCUUCAAUGGAUUAUAAAUAUUAUAUUAUUAUUGUUAUGUAGUAUAUAUAUAUACAAAUAUAUUUAUAUUAAUUCGAAACAUCCUAAAAUGUUAUUUUUAAGUAUAUUUUUAUCUUAGUAUAUAACUUUAAGAAAUUUGUCCAAAUUGUAUCUAUACAAUAUUAACUGCAAUUAUGUAUUAAAUUUGAAAAUAAUUAUUUAAAUAUAUGGAAAGCAGCAACACCAUUCCGAAGAUUACGUUCGUCUUCGAAACAUACAAUAGUUUAGUGAUUUAUAAACAAUUUACACUUCAGAAAAUUGGUCUUUUCAUAAUAAGAAAUUAUAAAGAUUUUUACACAAUUAACUAAUUGAUGAUGCGAACUAACAAUUAAAAAUUUCUAUACUAACUACUUCUUCGCACAAUUUUAUUACGCAUAUGAAUGAAGGGUGCAUUUACAUUAAAAUAAUUAUUACAAUAUACUAUUACUACUACGUUUCUAUAUUUUAAAUAUAUAUUUAUGACGUAGAUAGGAACUUAAAUAUCUAUGUAGAUAAAACGUGUAUUAAUCAUGCUGACAGUAAAAAAUCCAAAAAAAGCAAAAAAAAAACAAAAAAAAACACAAAAAAAUACUUAUUUUAUGAAUAUCCACAUUAUCAAUGUCAGUUUGGUAGAACGAAGUAAGAUUAAGUUUUAUUGAAUCACAUAAUCGUAGUAUAUUAAUAUUUAAUCUAAAUAAAUAAAUUUAAUCUAAAAUAUUAUUAUAGAAAUAUAUUAUAGAAAUAUAUUUAUACGUAUUGACAGGGUUAAGCCCGCAAUAGGUAACUAUUUCUUGAUGUCUUUUUGAUCUACUAAUUCAAAGAAAGUACUAAUUAAUUUUUAUUAAUUGUAUAAGCCUACGAAAUGAAUUAAUUUACAUCCUAAUUACAUAUCUUUAAAUAAUAAAAGUCGCCAAGAAUUAACCUAUAAUUUACUCGUAUAUAAGAUUUCUGUAUAGUCCAGUAGAUUCACACAAAAUUUCACACAUUGUUAUUUUCUCUAUCAAGCGGAGCACCGGUGUGACCCCUGUUUAAUAUGUGUUUAAUUAUAUGCAGUUAUCAAUAUUAAUAAAUAUGUAAUAUAUAUUAUAUGUAUAUAUCAA